AUGUCCUCACACUCCUUAGGCCUCCUACUCCGCUCUAUGGCAGGCGCAGCGCGCGCCUCGGCCACCCGCGCAUACUUCCGCACCCACCGCCGCUCAGUCCUUACCGCCCUCUUCUCCAUCCUUGCCGCCGCCGGCGCCGUCUCGUAUGCCGACACCGAGCGCCUCGCGUACCUCGGCGCCUCAAUCUCUGGCUGGAAGGCCCACCUCCAGGACCGGUACACUGUGCAGCUUGACUCUGCGCCGAGCGUCACCGCCUCGCUCGGCGAUGCCGAGGGCUUCCGAGGUACGCCGCCACCACUGGCCAGUGUGCCCGAUUGUGUAUGUUUGCUCACCCCUGGCCCAGUCGACCCCGCAACGUCCGUCUCCCACCCGCUCACGCUCGACCCGGCGUCGGCUCCCGCCCUCGCCCUCGUCGGCGUCGGCGUCCGCACAGUCUCCUUCCUCCGCAUGAAGGUCUACUCGGCCGGCUUCUACGUCGACGACUACACGCUCAAGCACCUGGGCCGCAUCCCUGGCUGGGCCAACUUUACCGCCAACGAGCUGCAGGGGGACAAGAGUGAGGCGCUCAUCGGCGCGCUGCUCGCCGCGCCUGCUGCUUGUGCCAUCCGUAUCGUCCCCGUCCGUAACACCGACUUUGGCCACCUCCGCGACGGCCUCACGCGUACCCUCCUCGCCCGUCAAAAGGCCGCCCGCGCCCGCGGCGAGCUGUCCCCCGAGGACGACGAGAAGCUCUCGGUCGCCACGCAGCAGCUCAAAGGCCUUUUCCCCGCCGGAUCGGUCCCCAAGGGCAAACAGCUCCUCCUCGUCAAGUCGGCUGAUGGCAAGCUCUUUGCCGAGUACGAGGGCCGUGUCCUCGGCACUGUCCACAACCAGUGGGUCGCCGACAACAUGAUGCUCGCGUAUUUUGCAAACAAGGAUGUUAUUUCUACUGCUCUCCGCGACGACUCGGCCAACGGCUUCGAGUACUGGCUCCAAAAGAUGACAGUGCCCAAGAUCAAGGCCAACCUCUAG